UCCCUCUGAACAGGCUAACUUACUCGAUCUUUGGACUCGGAGUUGUUGGUCAGGAAUCCCUCGCUCUGUGCUCGUCCUUCGUCCGGUUUCAUCCCGUCCUGCGCCAUGGAUCUGGAGCUUUACCUCGACCUGCUGUCCCAGCCCUGCCGCGCCGUCUACAUCUUCGCCAAGAAGAACAACAUCGCCUUUGACUUCAAGUUCGUCAGUCUAAGGGCAGGGCAGCAGUUCAGCGAGGAGUUUGGCAAAGUGAACUUGCUCCGACGGGUGCCUGCUUUGAAGGAUGGUGACUUCAUCCUGGCUGAGAGUGUGGCCAUCCUGAAGUACCUGGCUGGUAAAUACCGGACCCCCAACCACUGGUACCCCUCCGAUCUGCAGCUGAGAGCCCGUGUGGACGAGUACCUGGCCUGGCAGCACACGGCCAUUAGGUUCCAAGGAUCAAGGCUCUUUAUGUUCAAGCGUCUGCUCCCUCUGCUGACGGGCCAGCCAAUUCCGAAGGAGCAGCUGGAUGAGGCGGUGGAGGACCUGCAGAGUUCAAUUCAGCUGUUGGAAGACAAGUUCCUCCAGGACAGACCAUUCAUCGUAGGGAACGAGGUGUCCCUGGCCGACCUCUUCGCAAUCGUGGAGCUGAUGCAGCCCGUGAGUGUUGGGUUUGACCCAUUUGCUGAUCGGCCCAAGCUAGCUGCCUGGCGGGAUCGAGUCAAGGCAGCCCUGGGUAAGGAGUUGUUUGAUGAGGCCCAUGAGCAGCUCAUGAAGAGUGGAGAAGCUCCAAGUACUUUGGACCUCCAGUCUCCUGCAAUACAACGUCUAGCAAAAAACCUGAAGAAACGAUACAAGUGAUGGAGCCAAGCAUCUGCUCUCUCCAAAUAUUUCCUCCAAUGAAAUAAAGAGCUGAAAAGAGA